UUUGGUGGGACAAGUGUUUGAGCUCCAGCCGCUGCCUUUUUAGCUGUCUACCGCCGUGCCAGAUUAAAUUACAACUUUACCACCAGACACGAUAACGGUCAGCGCGAUUCACCACAAUACGUGGCUACCCCGGCAACUUGCUUUUACGCUAGUUGCCCAAAAUACCUACCCGAAGAAACCCUUUGCUUUGUAUGGAAGCGGUCAGCAUCACUAACGGGGUUCAUGUUAGGUUUUGCCGGAGAUAAUGAGGAACGUUAUUGUGCUGUCACUGCUGCUGCUAAACAUACAUCAUGUCAUAUCGGCACCCAAAGGCGUCACUGCCAGUCUGAAAGCAAAGUGGAGCAUGACGCCUUUCCUCCUUGAGACAAGUGAGUUUAUUGGAGAAGAUGGGAAUGAGAGAUUCUGGCAGUUUGUUGACACUGUGAAAGAGCUCACUGUAUACAAGCAAGGAGAGUCUGUGCGCUCGUACUACAACUUGAUCUUGAAGAAGGCUGGCCAGUUCCUCACAGAUCUUCAAGUUAAUCUCCUCAAAUUUGCUCUGGCCCUACGCUCGUACUCACCAGCUGUUCAUGCAUCCCAGCAGAUAGCCAGUGAUGAGCCUCCACCUGAGGCUUGCCCUGCCUUUGUGUCCAUCCAUGGUCAACAUAGCUGCAGUACCAAGGACAUCAAGAAACUCCUGAAAGCAGCUGCAGGCAGGCCCAAACCAUAUUUAUUUAGGAAUGAUCACACAUAUCCAGGGGUCAAUAAAACAGAUGUGCCAGUUGUGAUCCUCUAUGCUGAGAUUGGAACCAAGGAGUUCACCUUGUUUCAUAAGGUGCUGUCAGAGAAGGCUGGAGAGGGCACACUUAUAUAUGUGCUGCGGCAUUUUGUAGCGAAUCCAAAGCCUCAAAAGAUGCUUUUAUCUGGCUACGGUGUUGAGCUGGCUAUCAAAAGCACAGAAUACAAAGCUGUGGAUGACACCAAAGUAAAAGAUUCAAAGACCGUUAUAAAUGCUGAGGAUGAUAACAAUGAUGAAGUCCAAGGGUUCAUUUUUGGAACAUUAAAGAAAUCUCACUCUGAACUCCAAGAGGAACUUGUCGAGUUUCGCAAACAUCUCCUGGAGAGUACCGAUGACAUGGUCCCUCUCAAAGUGUGGGAAGUGCAAGAUCUUAGUGUCCAGGCAGCUGCCAAAAUCAUGUCCGUGCCAAAGUUUGAUGGCUUGAAGCUCAUGCAAGACCUCAGUCAGAACUUUCCUAGCAAAGCCAGAUCACUGACAAGAGUGGCUGUAAAGCAGGAAAUGAGAAAAGAAAUUGAGGAGAACCAAAAGCGUCUCAGUGAGACCAUUGGUCUUCACCCAGGAGACGGGGAGCUCUUCAUCAACGGCCUGCACAUUGAUCUGGACAUUCACAACCCUUUCAGCAUUUUAGAAAUCCUCAGAGGAGAGGCCAGGGUCUUAGAGGGGCUUCAUAACCUAGGCAUAAAAGGAGAACAUCAGGGGAAGCUGCUGAAGUUGCCUGUGAAUGCUGUGGAGGACAGCUAUGCCUUAGAUAUCAGACAUCCAGCAAUAAUGUGGAUAAAUGACAUAGAGAAUGACCCAGUAUACCGCAGCUGGCCAACAGGGGUACAGGAGCUCCUCAGAGCCACUUUUCCUGGAGUCAUCCGGCAGAUCCGACGCAAUUUCUUCAACCUGGUGCUGUUCCUAGAUCCAAUACAGGAAGAAAGUGUUGAGCUUAUGAAACUAGCAGAGCUUUUCUACAAGCACAAGAUCCCCCUGAGAAUUGGAUUUGUGUUUGUUGUCAACACCAAGGAUGAGAUUGAUGGCUUCUCAGAUCCAGGGGUUGGAUUUUACAGAGUGCUGAAUUACAUUGCAGACGAGUACGAUGUAUCCCAGGCUCUGUUGUCCAUGGUCUCAUUGUACAACAAAGUAGAUGCCGGGAAGAUACUGUCUGCUGAUACAAUUUCUGCUUACCUGAAGAGAAAAUUCCCUAAAGCCAAUGCUGAAAGGAUUCUUGGUAUAGAAUCCGAGUAUGACGACAAAAGAAAGCACGGUGCCCUCUUCUAUAAAAAGAGUGGCCUAGGUGCACUACCACUGGCUUUAUUUAAUGGAGUCCCUCUGAGCCCUGAUGAGAUGGACCCAGACGAGCUGGAAACCAUCAUCCUGCAGCGCAUAAUGGACACCACCACCGCCUUCCAGAGAGCUGUCUUUAUGGUACGACAUUUUGUAGAUGACUGGGAGGAUGCAACUAUGUUUUUAUACUAUGACUCCAGAGACAAAACAGCUGUGAUGGCUAAGAGAAUGAAGUACUUUACAAACAGUGAUGAGGAUGGGAUGAGUGCUGUGACCAUAUGGGUAGCUGGAGAUUUUGAGAAGGUCUCAGGAAGAAAACUGUUGUUCAAUGCUCUGAAACAUAUGAAAGCCAGCCCUGGAGUGCGUGUGGGGGUGAUAGAUAACCCCAGUGGAAAGCCCAGUGAAGAUAACACUGUGCUGUACACUAUCUGGGCCUCUCUCCUCACUCAGAAGAAUAAGGCUGCCGCAGAGUUUGUACAAAAACUCCUGAAAGAAGAGAGCAGCCAGCUCCUCCAACAAGGGACCAAGAUGAAAGACUUACUAAUUCAGGGCAUGGACAGAGAUUCCUUUGAGAAAAAGUUCAACACACUGGAAGUGGAUUUUAUUCGUAGUCAGCAGCUGUUUUGUCGAGACGUCCUGAAACUGAGCCCUGGACAUCAGGCAGUGAUCAGCAACGGCAGAAUCCUCGGUCCAUUUGAAGAGCAGGAAGAAUUCACUGUAGACGAUUUCCACUUGCUGGAGAAGAUUACACUGAGCAGUUCUGCAGAGAAAGUCAAAGCCAAAGUUAAACUGAUGGGGAUGAAGCCAAAACACGCCAGUGACUUAGUCAUGAAAGUUGAUGCCCUCUUAACUGCAGCCCCCAAAGGAGAAGUCAGGAGGGAUGUCGAUUUUAUCAAAGACAGCUACAGUGUGCUCCAUCUCUCCCCACGUGAAAAUGAGGUGUUCUAUGAUGUUGUGGCCAUUGUUGACCCCCUCACUAGGGAGGCACAGAAGAUGUCUUCUCUACUGAUUGUGCUCAGUCAAGUGGUCAAUGUCAGACUGCAGGUGUUUAUGAAUUGCAGGGCCAAGUUGUCCGAGAUGCCCCUCAAGAGCUUCUAUCGCUUUGUCUUGGAGUUUGAUGUGAAUUUCUUGGCCAACGACACAGUGUCCCCAGGACCAGUUGCCCGCUUCAUGGAGCUCCCAGAAUCUCCCCUUCUCACCCUUAAUAUGAUCACACCAGAGAGCUGGAUGGUGCAAGCUGUCCGCAGCCCCCAUGACUUGGAUAACAUCCACCUGCAGGAGGUGAGCGCGGUUGUGACAGCAGAAUAUGAGCUGGAGCACCUCUUGCUGGAGGGCCACUGCUUUGACCUGUCAACCGGCCAGCCUCCCCGCGGACUGCAGUUUACCCUGGGCAUGAGUCGGCACCCGCUGAUGUAUGACACUAUUGUCAUGGCAAACCUGGGAUAUUUCCAGUUGAAAGCCAAUCCUGGUGCCUGGAUCCUGAGGUUACGUAAAGGGAGAUCUGAGGAUAUCUAUCAGAUUCUCACGCAUGAUGGAACUGAUUCCCCUGCAGAUGCUGGUGAUGUCAUUGUUGUGCUGAACAGUUUCCACAGUAAGAUCAUCAAAGUCAGAGUGCAGAAAAAGGCAGAGAAGAUUAAUGAAGAUCUUUUAAGUGAAAAUAGUGAAAGCAAAGGCUUAUGGGACUCCAUAGCAAGUGUUUGGAGCACUUUUGAGAAAAGCAUCACAGGUGGUGGCUCCAAGAAAGAUGAUGGAGAGAAGAAGAAAGAGGAUGUUCUAAACGUAUUUUCUGUGGCCUCAGGCCAUCUGUAUGAGCGCUUUCUGAGAAUAAUGAUGCUAUCUGUCCUUCGGCAUACAAAAACACCUGUCAAGUUCUGGUUCCUCAAGAAUUACCUCUCCCCAUCUUUCAAGGAGACCAUCUCUCACAUGGCAGACUCGUAUGGCUUUCAGUUUGAAUUGGUACAGUACAAGUGGCCCCGUUGGCUCCACCAACAGACUGAGAAGCAGCGCAUUAUCUGGGGAUACAAGAUCCUCUUCCUGGAUGUUCUCUUCCCCCUGGCUGUGGACAAGAUCAUCUUUGUGGACGCCGAUCAGAUAGUUCGUGCUGAUCUGAAGGAUUUGAGGGAUUUUGAACUGGAGGGUGCUCCUUAUGGCUACACUCCGUUUUGUGAUAGCCGCAGAGAGAUGGAAGGCUAUCGCUUCUGGAAAACCGGCUACUGGGCCUCGCAUCUAGGGAGCAGGAGAUACCACAUCAGCGCUCUGUAUGUAGUGGAUUUAAAGAAGUUUAGGAAGAUUGCAGCUGGGGACAGAUUACGAGGCCAGUAUCAAGCCCUGAGCCAAGACCCCAACAGUCUGUCCAACCUGGACCAGGACCUUCCUAACAACAUGAUCCACCAAGUAUCCAUCAAGUCUCUUCCACAAGAGUGGUUGUGGUGUGAGACCUGGUGUGAUGACACUUCUAAAGUCACAGCUAAGACUAUAGACCUGUGCAAUAACCCAAAAACCAAGGAGCCCAAGCUAACGGCUGCAGCGAGGAUUGUGCCUGAGUGGGUUGAAUAUGACAGUGAGAUAAAACAGCUACUGAGUCGGGUCCAGGAACAGGACACAGCAACGCAGAAACAGACUCCCUUUCCCUCACAACAUAAAAAAGUAGACAACCAGCGUGAUGAACUUUAGUGCCUGCCAGCACCAUGCUGAAGAGGAAGAAGGCAGCACCUUUUUCUAACAGGCCACCUGUGAAGCUUGAAGACAGACAAUUCCAUCUAAACAUAGCCAUGCAUCCUCAGCCAGAGAAAGAUGUGAUAUUUUCAGAGAUACCAUAUCUGCUACUGCAGUCAAAUAUGCUGUACAAACUGAACAUGUGAUGUAAGUGUUAACUGCCAACUGUGAACUUGUAGAGUGCUAAUAGCACUGCAUCAGGUCUUAGUUAGUAUGUUGUUACCGGAGAAUGAAGGGUAGGUACACAGUAAGAAUAAUGGGGUGAGAUCAGUCAAAGCACUCUAUUAUAUGCAUGUGUGUGUUUGAGAAUAAUUAGUUGGCGUAUAUUGCACUGAUAAUGUAUGCAAAGAAUCAAAUAGAGAAGGCACAUCUUUAUGAAUCUGAUUUCAAAGUGUAUUAUUAUUGAUAUUAAUAUGGAAAACUGUUUCAAAAAGCUAAUGCCCAAACCAAAGCUGUGGCUGACAUGAAGCUGAUCUGUUUUCAAAGGCGAUACCUUACUGCAAAGUUGUUACAUUAGAACUUGGGGGCCGUACAAUAAUGGGUGUAAUUUUUUUAGUUUUGCUAAAGGGAGGGUAGUCUGACUUUUUUUGUGAGGGUCGGAAAGGGUAUUUUUCGUACCUUGGUUUUUCUUACUCCAAGUCUAUUUUAUUUAUGAGAAAGUUCUUAUUUACAGUUUUGACUCCUGCUUUACAGGUGUACCUUUAACCCUCAUGUUGUCCUCGGGUCAAAUUGAUAUGUUUUCCUAUAUCAAUGUUCUUUUUAAUUACCCAAAAUAACAUGAUUGAUUCCACACAACUGUUCUUUGGCUAGCACAAAUCUCUGCUUUCAUUAAUUUUGGGGCGUCUUCUUCAAUUUUAUAGCAUAAAAAGUGUUUGUGAAAUAGUAUUGAGUAAAAGUUGACAUAUUGCAGUCUGUGAUUAUCCAUCAACAUACUUUCCUUUAAUUUUAGUCUAAAUAAUUCCUAAUUUCUGCUUUUCUAACUCAAACAUUAGGUAUGAUUUCCUAAAAAUGCAGUUUAUUGACGGUAAAAAGUUAAAAACAUUGAUUAAAAAGUGUCAAAAGUACUAAUUUUCAAUUUUGACGGGAAGACAACACAAGGGUUAAUAACAUUGUGCACAUUGUCAUGAUCACUGUCCAUGGUGCUGAUUUUGUGGCCCCCAUAAGGUAGGAGAUGUACAACUAUCCCUCGGUUACACCAAUCAGCAGAAUCCCUGCUAUAAGAUAAUUACUGUUCUUUUUAAAUCUGAUCUCAUACAGGCUAAAAUAUUCAUAUUUACGUUAGGCUAUUGGUUGGGGUGAAAUUAUUGCAGUUCAAGCACUUCAUGGUUUGCAAAUUUGGCAGCUGAAUAAUGGUGGCUGUAUUUUCUCAUCUUUGCUUGCCAUCAAUGUUUUCAUAUCUUGGGGGGGAGGGUAUAACAUUUGUUUUUACAAUGUCAAGUGGUGGGUCCAAUGAAAAUAUAAAUAAGCUGGGGAGUUUCUCACCUUUUUAUAAAAUGCUAAAGAUACAUCCAUGUUCCUACCCCAAUUAUCCUACCCUUAGAACAGAAGUUAGCACAGGCAAUUUACUAUUUGCUAACCAACUGUAGUGUGGCCACCUUAGUAACUCAGGGGGUUAGCAGCAGUCAUCUGUCCAUCCCCGUAAAGUCAUGUGACGUUAUAUUAGAUGACACCAGGCAAUCAUUGCCAAGUUGUGGAUCAAAGAAUCCUCAUUUGCACACUAAAAGCCCUGGUUUAGGGGUAGGAUAUAAGAUUUUAACUAGUGUUUACAUCUUACUACAUUCAGCAUUGCAUUUUAAGAAAUAAUUUUUCAAUAUUUUAAUUUCACAAAGAACCAGUGUUUUUGUCUCAGGAAUAACAUGGGUGUUGCUGCUCAACCGAAGACAAGUCUUUUUUUUCGGUCUUAAAAGUUUAAAAAAAAAAAGUGGGUGCAGGAUAUUUGGUCUUAGUACACCCAUAUUUUACUGUGCUGUGUCAAAUAGAAAUGUUUAUAUUGUCUUGUGGAAGAUGAAAAAAAAGUCUUUGCUACAAAACCACCAUUACAAAAUCUAUUUGUG